GACCUUCUUCCUGGUCUACACCAUCGACGUCACAGAGCUGAUCCUGAACGCGGUGGCGCUGGCCAUCAUCCUCGACAUCGACGAUCUGCUCUUCGAUGCCUUGGCCACAACUCCGGGGCGGCACCUGGUGAACCAGAUGGAUCCCUUGCCCAUGAAGUCCUGGCCACGGGUCCGCGGUGCGGACGUAAAGUCCAUGUCGAUGUUGGUGUUGAUCCCUGUCACCAUGAUGACCGUCUACGUGAACAUGCUGGUCCCAAUGGUGGCGACCCUCGACAGCGCGAAAGACGCCAUGUGCGGAGGGAAUUUGCAGUUCGUGUGGAACACGGACCAGCGCAACGUGAUCCUCUUCAGCCCGACGCAGGGAGACGGCUGGAAGGUGGGGGGCUACGAGUUGCAGUCCAAAGCCAUCGAUGAAGCCGAAAUGCUGAGCCUCAGUGAUGUGAGCUCCGGAACUGCCUGGGGCGUUUGGCUCGGCAGCGUGGAUGCCCUGACGGAGACGUCGAUUUUACCCCUGGAGCAGUCCGUGGAUGUCUUUAACCCAAGGUGUGCCGACUUGGGUGACACAGAGCCGUUGAGGAACUACCUGCGUGAAUUUCUAGGCAACGAGAGCCUGAUGGGCUGCGGCGACGCUCGGCCCUACUGCGGCUUGAUGGAUGGGAGCAAGGGGAAGGGCUUCGCUGCGCGGAUGCUCUGCUCGGACACCUGCGGCUGCAACGAUCCAGCCGGAGAGGUGAUGCAGAUUGCAGGCUGCCCCUAUGGUCUGGGCCGGUCCUGUUGGUCUUCCAGUAGCUUCUUACAGGGCCUCCGCGAUUCCACGUGCGAGGAGAAGACGGCGGCAGAGCUGCGCAAUGACACGAGAUGGUCCAGGUGGGUGGAGUCUAUUCGGGCGAUCGGGGAAGCGAAUGACACCGUGACCGAGGGAAAGGAGGAAGCCCUCCUCACAGCACAGGCGAUGUGGGAUCAUGGCUGUGCCUUCGGUGAGAACCUCACGCAGAUGAAUGUGACAUGGGGAUCCUGCUUUUCUUGGCGAUUUGACUGGGGCCUGAAAACCGUGGAAGCCUUCUGCCCAAGCACCUGCGGCUGUGACUCUUCCAAUUUGGACAACUCCUGCCCAAGGCCUGCGGGCCGGAAUUGUGGGACCAUCGCUGAAUGCGUUUUCACGAGCGGCAGGUAUUACUGCCCUGACGCGUACCCCAAUUUUGACGGGAUAGCUGAUGUCCACCUCGACGAUGUGGAUGCCUUCGUGCAGUCUCGGACCCAAAUCAUGAAGGCCCUUCAGAAGACCUUGGCGAGUCUGACCGGGAAUGGGGUGUUGCCGGAGCAUGUGCUGAUCACCCAACGCGCAUCUCCAAGUGGCCAAAUACGUUUGGCCCGGCGGCUGGCGAAAAAGGAGUAUGAGUAUACAAUCUUCCUGCUAUCAGAGGAUGCCAACGAAACCUCAGCCAGGGAUGCCCUUGGAUGGAUGACGACGAGGACCCAGCGGGUGAACACCGUCUUCAGCCGGAACCUUCUGGCAUUUGGGAUCCCGGCGGAGGGUGCAGACUUGGAAGUUGAAAUCUCUGCGAAAGGCAGCCCACCGGGUGAGGCACCGACCACCACCGCCCUAAACCCUAAACCCUAA